AUGGCACAUCUACCCCAUCUAUCACAACCUCCGGCAUUGGAUCUGACUGGCAACCUUGCCGAGAAUUGGAAACGGUUCAAGCAGCGAUAUACAUUGUAUAAUAUAGCUUCAGAAUUAACUGAGAAAGAUGAUAAGACUCAGACAUCAACUCUCCUUCAUAUCAUAGGGGAGGCAGCCCUCGACAUCUACAACACAUUUAUUUUUGAAUCGGAAGAUGAUAGUAUGAAACAAGAUGUUGUGCUAAAGAAGUUUGAGGAAUACUGCAUGCCGAAGCGCAAUAUCACAUUUGAACGCCACAGAUUCUUUACCAGAGAUCAGCAACCAGGAGAAACCAUUGAUCAGUAUGCUACGGAACUCCGUACCCGCAGUAAAUCUUGUGAAUUCGGCGAGCUUAAAGAUUCGCUAAUCAGAGAUCGCAUCAUUUGUGGAAUUCCAGAGGAUAGCUUAAGAGAGAGACUCUUAAGGGGAGAUAACCUCACUCUGGAAAAAGUCAUGCAGCUAUGCAGAGCAGCAGAAACCACAAAGCUACAAGCAAAAGAGCUAGCUCCAUCCGGCAAGCCAGUAGUAGAUGCAGUACGAGCAAAAGAUCGAAGAUCGAAUGGCAAAGGAAAUUUCUCCAAAAAGUCUCCACAUGCUUCGAAUAAGGGUAACAAGACAUGUUAUCGAUGUGCCCAAACACACGAGUAUGGUGCAUGCCCUGCUCAUGGAAAAACGUGCACAAAAUGUGGAAAAAUAAAUCACUUUGCAAAAGCCUGCAAGGGUGCACAAAGCUCUCCGUACAGACAGAAAAAUGUACACAACAUCACUGAAACUCCAGAAGAUAUGGAAGAAUUCUUUGUGGAUGUGAUAGACGGUGAUUCAGGCAACGAUGAAUGGAAACUUCAACUCCAUACACAUGGUAUAAAAGUAAACUACAAGUUAGAUACAGGGGCUCAAGCAAAUCUCCUUCCUGAAAAGCUGUUUCAACAAAUGAAACCACAGCCAAAGCUUCACGCAGCAAAAGUAAAGGCUACAGGAUAUUCGGGAGUAGACAUACCCAUCACCGGCAAAUGUAUGGUGAAAGUGCAACACAAAAGUAAGAACUACUUCAUUGCAUUUCUAGUCACACCAGGUAAUCAUCAGCCAUUGUUAGGGUUGCAAGCUUGUGAGAAGAUGAACCUCAUAAAAAGAGUACUAAACAUCACUAAAACACCCCUCGAAGUAGAAGAUUUUGCAGAUGUGUUCACCGGGUUAGGAUGCCUACCUGGAACACACCACAUCACAACAAGUGAAGAUGCCAUACCUGUCCAGCAUGCAUGUAGGAAAGUGCCUUUUCCUCUACAGGGAAAGCUCAAAGAAGAGCUGGACAAAAUGGAGCAAAUGCAGGUGAUCACAAAGAUAGACCAACCAACAGAUUGGGUGUCGUCACUCUGCGUCGUUGACAAGAAAAACGGCAAGCUCCGAGUGUGUCUGGACCCACGAGAUCUAAACCGGGCAAUCAAGAGACAGCACUACAAAUUGCCAUCUCGUGCUGAAAUUACAGCACACUUUGCAGGAGCAAAAUUCUUCAGUAAACUUGAUGCCUCAAGCGGAUUUUGGCAAAUCAAAUUAGAUGAUGCCAGCUCAGAACUUUGCACGUUCAUCACACCGUUUGGAAGGUAUCGUUUCCUUCGUCUUCCCUUUGGCAUCAGCAGUGCACCAGAGGUAUACCACAAAAUCAUCCAUGAUCUCUUUUCUGAAGUGCCAGGGGUCAACACAAUGAUGGAUGAUAUCAUCGUUUGGGGUUCAACUCGCGAAGAGCAUGACCAGAAUCUCCGACAAGUACUAGAGAUAGCAGAGCGUAAUAAUCUCAAACUGAACCGAGAAAAGUGUGAGUUUGGGGUGAGAAAAUUGACCUUCAUUGGAGAUGUCAUCAGCGACCAAGGAGUCUUGCCUGAUCCCAAAAAGGUCUCUGCUAUCCUCAACAUGCAGAAACCUCAAAAUAAGAAUGAUGUACAAAGAUUCAUGGGGAUGAUCAACUACAUGGGCAAAUUCAUUCCAGAUCUAUCUACCAAGUCAGCACCACUACGCAGCUUGCUUGACCAGAAGAAUCAAUGGAUGUGGCUUGAAGCACAGGAAAAGGCGUGGCAAGAACUGAAAGUUAUACUGACAACAGCGCCAGUGCUCAGGUUCUAUGACCCCAAAAAGCCCAUCAAGCUAUCAGCUGAUGCAUCAAAGAAUGGGCUCGGUGCAGUUCUACUACAACAGUAUGAUAAUGAAUGGGCACCAGUGGCGUAUGCAUCCAGAGCCAUGACAGCGGCCGAGACAAGAUACGCCCAAAUUGAAAAGGAACUGUUAGCCAUAACCUAUGCAUGUGAACGCUUUCACCAGUACAUCUACGGACAACAAAUAGAAGUGGAAACUGACCAUAAACCACUCAUUCCGUUGUUCACUAAACCACUGUGUGAUUGUCCAUUAAGAGUACAACGCAUGCUCAUCAGAGUACAACGCUACGACUUGAAAGUGUCUUACACACCGGGUAAAUUCAUGUAUACCGCUGACACACUUUCAAGGGCAGUCGAUCCUCAUGCAGAUAAAGACAGCUCCAAAGAGGAUGACAUUCAAGCCUAUGUCAAUACAAUAUUGACCAACAUGCCAGUGUCCUCUAACAGGAAGAAAGAAAUCGCCCUGGAGACAAAACGCGAUGAAACCCUCAAGACACUGAGCACAAUCAUCAAUGAAGGUUGGCCCGACGUGAAGAGCAAAUGUCCAGUUGCAAUCAGCGAUUACUGGAACGCACGUGAUGAACUUUCACAAGCAGACGACAUGUUGUUCAAGGGAACUAAAAUAAUCAUCCCAACAUCAAUGCGCCGAAACAUGCUUGAGAAAAUCCAUGAAGGUCACCUCGGCAUUGAGAAAUGUAAACGUAGAGCCAGAGAAGUGAUGUAUUGGCCUCGCAUCAACCAAGAUGUAGCUGACAUGGUAAAAAAUUGCAACUCAUGUCAAACAUACCAGCCAAAGCAGACGGCAGAAACACUCCAGCCGCACCCUACUCCCGACCGCCCAUGGCAAAAGGUAGGAGCAGAUUUGUUCACACUCAACAGUAAGAACUAUAUAGUCAUUGUCGACUACUUCUCACAAUUUGUAGAAAUUUGCACAUUGACAAGCACAACCAGCGGCACAGUGAUUAACAACUUGAAGUCUGUGUUUUCGCGACAGGGAACUCCACAUGAAAUGUUCACCGACAAUGGACCCCAGUUUUCCAGUGCUGAAUUCAAACGCUUUUCAGCAGAUUGGGACUUCACACACACCACAUCGAGUCCCCACUAUCCUCAGUCAAAUGGAUUGGUGGAAAAUGCUGUGAAAAUUGUCAAGAACAUGAUCCGCAAAACAGUUAACAGUGGCCAAGACAUCUAUAGAGCUUUGCAGAUUUAUCGCAGUACACCACUUGAGUGCGGGAAAUCCCCAGCAGAGCUGCUGUACAACAGAAGAAUUCGUUCCAAUCUUCCCAUGGUGGACAGCUUGCUUGGUUUUAAACAUCUGGACAGUAAAGCAUUCAAGCAAAGAAAGGACGCACAAAAGGAAAAACAAAAGGGUGGAUCCCGUGACCUUCCUCUACUUCAAGUAGGAGAUACCGUGAGGCUGCUGGAUACGACUAAGAAUAUGUGGUCUCAGGGCGGAGUAGUUACAGUCGCAUUGCCAAACCGUUCAUAUCAAGUAGAUACAGGCAAUGGCACGAGACGUCGUAAUAGGCGGCACUUGAGAGUUGCUUCACAACCGCCACAGCAGUGUGACUUCAUCGAGCCAUCAUCCAAAGAACAGGAUUUCGAAACAACCAUGACCGCAACAGCAGUUGAGCCGAACAACAACGACAUCACUCAACCAACAGCUACUAUGACCAGGAGCGGACGAGUUGUUAAGCCACCGAUAAGACUUGAUCUAUAA